UAGCGGCAUGAUAAAGUACCGGUCCUUAAACUUAAAAGUGUGGGGUAGAGAAAUGGCUGUUUGGGAUGGUGACUGUCUUGAGCGAAAGGCCUAAAUGUGACGAUAGCAAGAGCUUACUAAGGUUGAUUAACAGAAGACAAUGGGCCCCGGGACUACUCAAAGCGCUUUCGGAUCAAUAAAAGGUCAUUCUAUCCGGCCUUGAUUUCACAAUCUGGAAGGUUAAAAGCCGAACGCAUUCAUUCGCAUACAUCUUCCUCACAAUCAACUCUCUCUGUCAUCAUUCAUCAUGGGCGGCACACUCUCAAAAGUAGGAACGCAAUACGACCAAUCCACCGGAACAUAUACCAACACUUGGCCAGCACCAAAAAUUCCAAAGCAAAGCAUAAUAGACUACCUGUUCAGCAGCAUUUCAUUCGAUGAUAAUCGUGUAGCAUUUGUGGAGCAUGGAAAGACGAGAAAGAGUAUCACAUAUGGUCAAUUGAAGUUGGAAGGGUGGAGAUUAGGACAAGGUUUGGUCAAAGCAGGUUUCAAGCAAGGGGAUGUGAUUAUGCUUUGUGCUCCCAAUUCGAUCGAAUGGAUCAUCUUGUUAAUCGCUUCACAAUUUGCCGGCUUGACAAUCGCACUUGCAAGUAGUCAGUACAGUCCGAAAGAUUUCAAACAUGUUUACACUCUCACACAACCAAAGAAGGUCUUUAUGCCUCUCAAAUUGAGCGUCAAAAAAGCACAAGCACGUCUACCGAUCAAUUGUCAAAUCGCAUUGGACGAUAGUAGAGGAACGGCAAUCCCUGAUAUGAAUCGAAUGAAAGUAUCAGAAGAAGAAGCCAGAAAAGCCAAACCGAGAAACCCAACCGAUUUGGAAUCAACUGCAAUUCUAGCUUUCUCUUCCGGAACGACAGGGAUGCCCAAAGCUGUAGAACUUUCUCAUAGGAAUGUUGUUUCCAUGUUGACGAUCAUCAGGUGUUUCCCAGAUGUGCAUGAUAAACCAAUGCGAGUUUUGAACACAUUACCAUUCUUCCAUGCAAUGGCAUUGCAAUUACACAUCUUUUUGCCCAUCGCAGUUGGAAGUACAGUACAUAUUCAAGUUCCCUUUAAUCCUCAAUUAUUCCUUAAGCUGAUCGCACAAGAGCAAAUUCAAUCAACCGUUUUGGUUCCGCCAAUCGCCGUUGCAUUUGCAAAUCAUCCAGCAGUAACGAAAGAAUUGUUCUCGUCAAUGAUCACUUUUGGCUGUGGAGGAGCCCCUUUGGAUACCAAAGUUCAAGUGAAAUUAGCCGAAAAAAUUCAAACGGACGUUGCACAAGGAUGGGGAAUGACUGAGACCACGGUUGGCUGUUUAGGCAUUCAUUCAAAGAUGUCUCCGGGUACUUGUGGUCGUGUAUUACCAGGAAUUGAACUUAAGCUAAUCGAUCCAGAAUCGGGAUCCCCUGUCGAACCUGGAAAGCGGGGUGAAAUUUGGGUUCGUGGACCAAAUAUAUUCAAAGGAUAUCAUAAGAACCCCAAAGCUACGGAAGAAACAAUGACGCCGGAUGGAUUCUUAAAGACUGGUGAUAUUGCUUAUGCAAACGAAGAAGGACAUUUUGCAAUUGUUGAUCGUAUAAAGGAAUUGAUCAAGUAUAAGGGUAAUCAAGUUGCACCUGCAGAAUUGGAAGGGCUGAUUAAUCGACAUCCAAAGGUUGCUUUGAGUGGAGUGGUGGGCAUAUACAGUGAACAACAAGGAACAGAAUUACCGAGAGCAUACAUUCAACUUAAGCCCAACACGCCGAAGCAAGGUGUUGAAAAAGAGAUCGAAGAAUACGUAAAAGCAAACGCAAGUAACCCUAAAUGGUUAAGAGGGGGAGUUUCAAUUAUACCCGCAAUUCCUGCUACCCCAAGUGGAAAGUUGCUGCGAAAAGAGUUGAGAGUGUUGGCAAAGAAGGAGAUGCAAAAGUUUGAAGGAGAUCCACCACAGGCAAGAUUGUGAGGGGAUGACUUCUUUUAUACGCUUACCAAAAUGUUAUUCUUAAAUCCAAAAUAUUUCAUUUCACUUUGUAGACUGCUUUGAAUGUUCAGUCGAUUAACAACAGUUUUCAUAUUCCUUACCCUUUUUUGGCUUUAAUGAGGGUUGUGUUUCGAACAAAAGCGGGCUGAAUGACGUCUUUUUUAAUGAUAG